AUGGACUUCUACAAACUUAACUCUUUAGAAUCAUUUGAGGAGGUUUGGGGUCGUUAUGGUUACGGAGAAAACCUAGAGGACGUGCUUGAGGCGGAGUUCACGCGGAUUAAAGGAACUGUAUAUCUGGAUCAUGCAGCAACUACUUUAUACCCGGAAUCACUGGUUAGAAGCUACUGUCUGGAUAUUUCAAGAAACGUAUAUGGAAACCCUCACAGCCACAACCCAAGUAGCAGGUUGACACAUGAGACCGUGGAGAGGGUCAGAUACAGGAUAUUGCAGCAUUUCAACACUACCCCUGAGGAGUACGCUGUGAUUUUCACUUCUGGCUGUACGGCUGCUAUCAAAUUAGCGGCAGAGGUCUUCCCCUGGAGGUCACAGACGGAAAGCGAAGAAGGCAGUCACUUUUGCUACUUCACUGACAACCAUACAUCUGUUGUUGGCAUAAGAGGACUAACAUCUAACUGGGGAGUAGUUACACUGCCCGUCUUCCCUGAGGAAGUGGAAAAUAGGGCAAAAGAUAAGGCUCAGGGUGAAGAUACGGUUUGUCAGACGCCACAUCUGUUCUGCUACCCAGCACAGAGCAACUUCUCAGGGAGGAAGUAUCCCCUUAGCCAUGUAAAAGGCAUUCAGGCAAGACGUCUUUACCCAGCAUGUGACCAUGGAGGCCAAUGGUUUGUGCUGCUGGACGCAGCCUCACUUGUCAGCUGUUCCCCACUAAACCUCCAAGACUGCCCUGCUGAUUUUAUUCCCAUCUCCUUCUACAAGAUAUUUGGCUUCCCCACAGGUCUGGGGGCUCUCCUUGUACGUAACAAUGCAGCAGGCAUACUAAAAAAGGCUUAUUUUGGAGGAGGCACUGCAGCCGCUUACCUUUCUGGAGAAGAUUAUUAUGUGCAGGCUGCAAACCUUUCUGAUAGAUUCGAAGAUGGCACUGUCUCAUUUUUGGACAUCAUUGCCCUCAACCAUAGUUUUGAAGCUCUAUACAGGAUCACCGGGGGAAUGCAAAACAUACAACAGCACACCUUUGGUUUAGCACGUUAUACUUACAUGCUUCUGUCAAGUCUUUGCCAUGGCAACGGGCGACCAGUGGCACAGAUGUACACACAAGGCCAGUUUGACAGUCCAAGCACACAGGGUGCAAUACUAAACUUCAACCUUAUUGAUUCUCAUGGAGAAAUAAUUGGAUAUUCUCAGGUUGCCAGAAUGGCAAGUUUGUUCAACAUUUAUGUACGCACUGGAUGCUUUUGCAACACUGGAGCCUGUCAGAGUUUUGUUGGGAUCACAAAUCAGCAGAUGAAGAGAAACCUGCAGGCCGGCCACGUCUGCGGAGACACGGUCGACAUAGUGGAUGGGCAGCCAACUGGAUCUGUACGCGUGUCAUUUGGCUACAUGUCAAUAUUUGACGACUGUCAAAAGUUUCUGAAUUUUGUUGCUGAGUGCUUUGUGAAGAAACCCGUGACAGUAGACCAUGCAAGACUGGAGAGGCUUAAAGCAGCUAGCGCAUCAAAUGAAGAGACAACUGUCAAUAUCAACGAAGUAACACGCAAAGUUGAAGAAAAAAAAGUUUUGCAGAAGGGAUUUGAGCAUGCGUGCGUGAGCCGCGAGGGGCCUUAUACAUUGACUAACAUCUACAUAUAUCCCAUCAAAUCAUGCGGUGCAUUUGAGGUCCACAGCUGGCCGGUAGGACCUCAGGGUUUACUGUAUGACAGAGGCUGGAUGGUGGUAAAUGGAAAUGGCGUGUGCUUGAGUCAGAAAAGAGAGCCGCGUUUAUGCCUCAUUCGCCCACAAGUUCAUCUGUCCUCAAACGAAUUGCUCCUGCAGGCAUCAAGGAUGAAUACCAUUUCAGUUCCAUUGGAAAUCAGAAGUGGAACGCACGCAAGCUCUCCAAUCUGUCAGAGUAAAGUUUGUGGUGAUAGAGUGGAGACUAUUGACUGCGGUGAUAAGGCUGCAGCGUGGCUUUCAGUCUUGCUUGGACAGCCAUGUCGCCUCAUAAGACAAAAUCCUGAUUUCACUCGACAUAUGAAAAAGAAGUCUGAUACAAGAGCCGCCAUCUCCUCGUCACUCUCCCUGGUGAAUGAAGCGCAGUAUCUCAUGAUCAACCGUGCAAGUGUGGAGCUCAUUCACAAAGUAAUGAGCAGCAGGCAAGACGAUCCUGAGAUUGACAUAGAGAACAUCAUCGGUCGUUUCCGAGCCAAUUUUGUUAUCGCAGGGUUUGAACCAUUUGAGGAGGACAUGUGGUCAAACUUGAUUAUUGGCAACGUUCCAUUCAUGGUAAGAGGGCAAUGUGGACGGUGCCAAAUGGUUGGAGUCGAUCAGAGCACUGGAACCAAAACAAAGGAGCCUCUGAUAUCUCUUUCUGCAUACCGCAAUGGAAAGGUUACAUUUGGUGUAUACUUGACCCACCAGUUGCCAGACGAUUCACCAACAGCUGGUGUUCUCAGUGCUGGUUCCCACAUACUGCCAGAGCUCCAUGCUUCUUAA